ACGCUUUACAUUUCCUCCCUCCAGACUCCUCCAGUCCUCCAUUCUCUACAGUCCAUCAUCCUCUUCCGUCCUCCCAACAACAACAAGAACAACAACACGACUCCAUUUACUCUACUACACGUCUACUCGGAUCUGCUGCGCAACGGUAGCGAACUCAUCAUGGACGGCGAAAGUAUCGUCGAUCACCUUCAGAAGCGCGACCGCUGUUGGACGAAUCGCUAUGGCCAGCGAUUCUGCGAGUCGGGCUGGUACUACUACGGACGCUGGGUCCUCGCCGGCGUCGCGCUUCUCAUCUUCUUGCUCGUGCUAUUGAGCUGUUGCUGCUUAGCCCGUCGCCGUCGCAAGCGCGGCACGAAACCCGUGUACGGCACUGGCUGGAUGGCGCCUCCUCCCAAGUACGGCGCGCACCAGAACGAUCACCAGCUUGGCCAUGUCGAGCAGGGCUGGGGACAGAACCAGGGACAAUGGGCGCAGCCACCUCCGCCUGCGUACGGACAGCCUCCUCACCAGCCCCAGAACAAAGGAACUGCAUAUGCUCCAAACGACGGGUAUUAUGGCAACCAGAACUAUUCCGGCCAGACUGGUCUGCAGAGCCCGCCCAAUGCGUAUCAGCCUGAGAACCACGUCUACCCGCCGCCACCUGGCGUCAAAUAGCUGGGCACCUCCCGGCGUGGGCGCCUGCGCUGCAGAAGCGAUGUAUAUGAGAGGUUACGGCCGCUGGUGGCUUUUUUCUUUGGGUUUGACGAAAGACGGGACAAUCAUUUGGGCGUUAGGCGAGCUGUGGUGACUU